AUGUCUACCUUAAAAAUUAUCAUUACUCUCAUAUUCCUUGUCACUAUUGUUCACAAUCUCAUUGCUGCAGCCGUAAUCCAACCAAAAAUCGAUGAAAUUUCCUUCGACUCAUUACCCGAAACUGGAGACCUUUAUGAGAUGGAAUCAAAUCCUUCUCCAACCACCUCCGAUUCUGAAGACAUUUCACCUGAGGUUGUUAAUGGUAAUGCAGAUUCACUUGAGGCUGUUGAUAGUAAUGCAGAUUCAGUUGAGGCAGUUGAUGGUAAUGCAGAUUCGUCAGUAUCAUUUACAGGCACUCCCGGUUCGGUCCAAAACACAAUUAUAGGACCAAAAUACACAAUUCAAGCUCAUAG